AUUUGAAUGUGUUCUAAUUGCAUUGAAUUAAGGUUAAAACUGCAUUAUGAAGAAUCGAUACAACGUGGUGGCUCUUUGUCUGAUAAUUAUUCAAGUGAAAGCACGCAGUUACUUGUUGUUUCAAUUGGGACUGUUUUAAAGUAAGAAGCCAGUUGCUUGGACACAAACUCCUAUUGAUUGUGAAAACUGUGGUUGCUGCGCUUCAGGACAAUGUGGCAACAAUCGCCACUGCACGUAUGGCUGUAUAAAUGGAUAUUGGGGUGAUAGGUGCGACGAAAAGUGCCAUUACACCAACUGUAAAAGAUGCGAACGAAAUAAUGGGUAUAAUUGCUUUGAGUGUAAUAGUGGAUUUUAUGCAUCAGAUUGUAGAAAUACAUGUUGGCCUAAUUGUGAGGGGUGUGAACGAUGGGGUGGUCAAUGCCAUUCUUGCAAAUAUGGAUAUUGGGGUAAAUUUUGCAACACUGCAUGUUUAAAUCAGUGUAAAACGUGUCCUCAAUGGGAAGGCUGUACAGAGUGUAAAAUGGGGUAUUUUGGCUCUCAAUGCGAACGAUUCUGUGGAUACCAGUGUGCCAGUUGCGAUAAACAGAAUGGAUGUACAACAUGCUACUCAGGGUAUUAUGGACUCACUUGCACGUAUCAGUGUGAUAAAAAUUGUGUUUACUGUGAUAAAAACAAUGGAUGUACAAGCUGCAAACCUGGAUACUAUAUAAGUAACGGAGUAUGUAAUAAAUGUCAAAGCAAUGGGUGUACAUGUACUACAUACAACGACUGUGUUGGUUGCAUAGAUGGGUAUUUUCAGAAUCCUUACGGUUGUUCACAUUGUCCAGUAUACUGUACAUCAUGCGUUCUACCAAGUGCACUUCUUGUACGAACGGUCGAUUUGGACACAUGUGUCAGUAUCAGUGUACAGAGGACUGCGACAACGGCAAUUGUGAUUCAUCGAAAGCUUCUUGUCUGUGUAAUUCUAAUUUUGCCGGCGAGAAAUGUGAUCAGUGUGUUGCCUGGUACUUUGGUAACGACUGCAAGCAGAGGUGUUCCGAAGGUUGUUCUAUAUCAUGUAAUCGGUUUUACGGAUCUUGUACAUGCAAAGCCGGUUGGGCAGGGAACAGAUGUGACACAUGUGCUGAUAACUACUUUGGAUACAUGUGCAAUGGCCAAUGCAAUAGUAACUGUGUGACAUGUACUGGGGAAUAUAACUGUCAGCAUUGUAUAGCUGGGCGGUAUGGUUAUAACUGCCAAAACAGAUGUGGGAAAGGCUGCAUUAAUAACAGUUGUGAUAUUCAUUCAGGUUACUGCCAAUGCAAAAGUAGUAAUUUUGUUGGAUCAACAUCUUUUUUAUAUUGUCAUGAGUGUAUACCCGGUCAAUACGGUCAAACGUGUGAACUUAGAUGUCCUCAUAAAUGUCAUAAUUGUGAUAAUGAGUAUAAUUGUUCUUCAUGCACUAUCGGGUACUUUGGGGAAUCCUGUCAAAUACCUUGUCCUGAUGGGUGUGAGGGGAAUACUUGCAAAAAAGAGGAUGGAUCGUGUGAAUCAUGCAGACGUGGGUAUUUUGGACGAAACUGUAGCGUAUCUUGCCCGGACUCAUGUCUAUUAUGUGACCAACAUGGUUUUUGUUCAGAAUGCAAACCUGGAUAUUCAAACACACGGGAACAAUGUUCAUGUAGAACAGACAUUUGCGUCAAUCCGCUCAAUUGCAACGCAUGCGCGAAUACGUCGUAUUUUGAACAUAAUAAUGAAUGUUGUUUAUGCAAUCUUGAUAAUUGCGUUUCCUGUGCUACUACUGCUGAUACCGUUAACUGCAAAAUGUGCAAAGGCGGAAAUUUUCCAAACCCUAAUGGACAAUGUGAAACAUGCAGUUUUCAAUGUGUCAACACUGAAUGCGAUUCGUCUUCUGGAAAAUGUCUUCAAGGAUGCAUUCAUGGAUACUGGAAUAACACCUGUGAUCAAAAAUGUGAUCCAGAAUGCUUGUCUUGCAAACAAACAGAUGGAUCGUGCACACAUUGCAAGAAUAAUACAAAAUUUGGACCUUACUGUAGACUAGAAUGCAGCACUACCUGUAAACAUUCCGUGUGUGGCUUUGAUGGACAUUGUACAAAUGGAUGUAUGACAAAUACGUAUGGAAAGCGAUGUGAAAAUACUUGUAAUGGAUAUUGUAUAACACAGAACAACAGAACGGUUUGUUCUGAGGAGACUGGAAUGUGUCUUUACGGCUGUCAAACUGGAUACAAUGGAUCAUUUUGUCCUCAAGUCAUGGAAGUAGAAGCGGAAAAACACCCAUCGUCAACUGCAGCUAUUGGUGGGGGUAUUGGCGGAGGAAUUAUAGCUCUUGCUGUCAUUGUCAUUGUUGGACUAUUUUUGCUUCGAAAAAGAAGAGUUAAUUUGGGCAAGAAAAGCCAACCACCUGAAAAAGAACUUGAGAACUUAUCCGCAUUGUACGCAACAGUGAAUAAAGGAAGAGCUUCCCAAGUUGAUUAUGCCAAUGACAAUACCGGAAAUUUUCACUCUGUCACCAUCAUAGAAAACCCUACUCACCAGAAUCGACCCCCGAAUGCACCUGGCAAAGAAACGUCGCAUACUUUGACAGAAAACAAUCUUGAAAUUGACGAAGAUGAUGCUUCGGCAAGAGAAAUAGCAGUAAUAUUUGAAGAAAGUGGAGGUGUGUAUUAUAACAGCGCAAAAGAAGUAAGCAAAUUCAAAUUGCAUGUGGCCGAUCUACCAGAAUAUGUACGCAAUAUAUCUUUAAAGGACUUAGAAGAAGAAUUUCAGAAAAUUCCAUACGGUCUUGUAAAACCCUUUGCAGUUUCACAAACCAAACUCAACAUUCACAGAAAUAGAUACAAAGGAAUCUACCCGUAUGAUGAUACACGUGUUGUUGUACGCGGAGGAAACUCAGACUAUAUCAAUGCUAGCUAUAUAGACGGUUUCGGGAAGCGAAAUGCAUACAUAGCUACUUUGGGUCCAAUGGCUAAACAGCUUGGCGAAUUCGGCCAGUUCUGGCGAAUGGUCUGGCAACAGAAAGUAGAGAAGAUUGUCAUGUUGACCAAUUUGGUAGAGGGUAUGAAAACCAAAUGCGAGCAGUAUUGGCCAGAUUAUCAUCAACGUCAAAUAUACGGAGAAAUAGAAGUUGUGUGCAAGGUUAAAGAAUUAUACGCAGAUUUCAUUUGGAGACAAUUUGCGCUUUCUAAGAAUUCAGAAGAAAGAAAUUUGCACCAUCUACAGUUCACGAGCUGGCCAGACAAGGACAUCCCUGACGACGUCACAUCAGUAAUAGAGUUUAGACAAAGGGUUAACGCCUUGCCGAGUACCUUUGACGGACCAGUAGUUGUGCAUUGCAGUGCUGGCGUAGGACGAACGGGAACCUACAUAGCUCUAGACAUUCUGACAAAAGAGGGUGAGACAAAAAGAGUUAUAGAUAUCCCGGGAUGUGUUCUCAACAUGAGACAGAACAGACCCAACAUGAUUCAGACCUUGAGUCAAUACAAGUAUCUUCACCAAGCUUUGGUCAAUACAUUGACGCUUGACUGCUUGUUGAUAAGAAGAGGAAACUUCAGUGAAUAUAUGGAGAAAUCAAGUAAACAGGACAUACAUGAGCAAUUUGAGAAAAUGCAUUUGAAUCAUGAGCAAAAGUCUGAUAGUGAAUUGCAAGCUACGGAAAGGAAUCGGGUUAUGACGAAAAAGAACAGGAAACACGCGGAUAUACCAGGUGAUUCAAACCGACCGCGUCUUUAUCUGUUUUUGAAAACAGGCGACUCUGAUUACAUCAAUGCGAUAUACAUCAAUAGUUUAAUGACAAAACACCGCUUCUUGGUUGCACAAACACCUCUGCCGGACACAGUUUCCGAUUUUAUUGCACUUGCUCUUCAAGAAAACUGUUCCUGUAUCGUUAGUAUGGAGGCACACAUGGCAAAGCAUAAGGGGAUUGGCUUGUACUUUCCUGGUGACAAUCAGACAAUGACGACGGAUAAGGUUUCCGUACGAUCCACCACGGAUCAAAGUGCAAAUCACUUUGUAAAAAGAAUUCUGCAUUUCGAACCAGAAGGAAAAACCAAGAAAGAUGUGACGGUUCCACACUAUGAAUAUUUGGACUGGGAUACAAAACACAAUGUUCCUAAAUCGGUAGAACUCUUUCUUGCCUUCAUCAAAGAGGUCGAAGACGUAUGCAAAUCAUCUCCCCUGAAGGGACCAAUACUGCUGCACUGUUUAAACGGUGCUGGAAAGAGCGGCCUACUUUGUGUUGUCUCGACAUUACUUGAACAAUUGAGUGAAGAUAAUGAAGUCAGUGUGGUCAAUGUCGUGCAGAAAGUCAGAGCUGGAAGACCACUCGCUAUUCCAAAUAAGGAACAGUUUUACUUCUGCUACGAGUGUGUUCUCCAUUCCGUAAACGCAACAGAUAACGCUGUGUAUUACAACAUAGCUGGGGAUAUCCAGAGGGAAUAAACAAUUCGACCAACUCGUAACAAUGACAUAUGUUGGGUUACACUUGGCACUAAAACAUGAAUAUAAUUAUAUGCAUUUUAUAGUCAUACGAUAACAAAUUAAGUUAAAAUGGUUUCCAUAACCUGGUGCCUAUAUGGCAUAACUUAAUAUAAACAUUGUAUUGUAUAUAUCAUUGUCAUUACUUGCAUAUAGUAAUGUUUUUAUUAUUUUUACCAUAUUGUUGAUUGUUUUCUUGUUUUUCUUUUAUAUGAUUCUCAUAACAGAACGUUUUCAAUAAGGCAAGGCUUUAUGUGCAAUCUUAUAGUGUGAAAGUAGCAAUUGAUAAGUUAAAACUCCAUUUCAAUACAUUCAAGCUACUAAUUGCACGGUAAGCUUGUCUAUAUGUUUCAGAAAACAUAUAACAUUAAACCCUCGUGAAUGAAAUUAUCCAAACUUUUGCGCUCGUAAUGUAAAAAUCAAUCUAGUAAUGAAUGGAGUGGAUGUAUUAAAUAUUUUUUAUAUAUUUUAUAUAUUAAAUAAUUGAAUUGUACAUACUUAUUAUUAUACUGCUGUUAACUAUAUAUGUUAUUAUAUUCCAUUGUGAUCUGUAUGGCCUUUAUACAUUCAGCUUUGAAUACACGUUAUAUUUGAAAUUUGUACAAAAUUGUCAUAACGAUUUAUUUUUGUAAUAAUUGCUGUAAUAAAUCUAGCUGUGUAAAAGUGUUGUAAGGCUUUAUAAGUUAGAGAGCAUUCAUUAUGAUUUUUUGCUAGUAUUUUUUCAUACAGGAAAUGUUUGAGCAGAUUUGCACGCAAUGGAGUAUUUCAUUCAAUAUCUGUAUUGCAUGUGUGCAGUCCUGCCCCAUAACAGCACAUAUUACUGUUUGUACAGUACUUUGCUUGGUCUUUUUUGUUACCAUUAUUCACCUGAUAUCCCUUAUGUUUUAAAAGAAACUUGCAGUCUCUCAGUGGUCAGGACCGUCAUCGAUAAAGCCAAAUACAUAACAUAUUCAUUUCUCAUAAUUAUAUUCAUUGAUAUGCUUGAUCAGCGGUCCUUAUGACAUCAUUAGAGCCUAUUAUUAUUUGUAUUUCAGUUCUUCCAAUAAACGUUCUCUUUC